CUCACAAGUCAUAUAACCAAAACAAAGUCACACCACACCCACCCACUUCCAUAUUCCAUUUGCAUCCUUGGCGGCGGGUAACUUUAAUAACACAUUAACACACUCACAAAAGUCCCACCCCACAAACAGCUAAUUUUGAUGAUCAUGAUCAUGAUGAUGAUGACGAGGAAUAGGAUAAGGGAAUUGGUCAUGGCCAAGGUCAGAGGUGGACCUCUCUCCCCCGCGGCGCACGUUAGCCCCUAUCCCUCACCUAAGCGGUGGUGUAUGCUGUGGUGGCCUCCUCAUCCACCCACGUCAUAAAAUCAGCCGCACAUCCCUCCCACACCCCCACCCCCACCCCCAACCAACCCUCUUUAACCAUGUCAUUCUCUUCCACCACCACCAUAACAACCACCUUAAAAAAACAAUCUUUUUCUCCUUCCACCACGACCCAUCUUAUCCUUCACCUUAAUUCUACACCUUAACCCUUAAUAUUCCUUUUCCACCACCGCAACCACAACGUUGCUAUCCUGCGCCUUUUAUCUUUAUCCUACGCCGCUUCAUCCAUGGCCUCUCCAUCUUCCCCUACAGAUUCCAACCCACCCUCCGCCGUGCCGCUCCCUCUCCCCGCGGCGGCGCCACCCUCCACUCGCCGCCUUCCUCCGCCGUGCUGGACCCCCGAAGAAACCGCCGCCCUCAUCGACGCCUACCGCGACAAGUGGUACUCCCUCGGCCGCACCAACCUUAAGGCCACACACUGGCAAGAGGUCGCCGACGCCGUCACCGCCCGCUGCCCCAACGCUUCUCCGGCGGCCAAGACCGCCGUGCAGUGCCGCCACAAGAUGGAGAAGCUCCGCAAGCGCUACCGCACCGAGAUCCAGCGCCUACGGUCCCUCCCGGUGGCGCGUAUCAACUCCUCAUGGGUUCACUUCAAAUCCAUGGAUUUCAUGGAGAAGGGUCCCUCAUCGGUGAAACCCGAUCACGAUAACAACCACGAAAGUCUCGAUCUUGAAGAUGAUGACGAAGAUGAUUUGUACGAAAGGUUGAAAUUGAAGAAUGGGAGUGGCUCCAACACAAGGAGCAUUAACAAAUUGUACAGGAACGGAAUCGCCGGUUCCGGCGCCGGCGCCGGAGCUGGGUUUCGGAUUCGGAUCCCAACUGGGGUUAGCGUAGCCCAACAUGGGUCGAAGUUGUUUGGCAAAGUUGGUGAUCAGAAAUUGAACAACCCCACAAAUUCUAAUGGUGGUGUUGGUGUUGGUGUUGGUGGUGGUCCAACAAGGGUUGUUAAGGAAAGAAGUGGAUUGGGGAAAAGGGAAAGAGAGAGGGAGAGGGAGAGGGAGAGGGACCCUGUUGGUGAAAUGGUGAGUGCAAUCAAGGUUUUGAGAGAUGGGUUUGUGAGGAUGGAGCAGAUGAAGAUGGAAAUGGCGAGGGAGAUUGAGACCAUGCGGAUGGAGAUGGAAAUGAAGCGUACUGAGAUGAUUCUGGAGUCUCAGCAGCGGAUUGUUGAGGCCUUUGCCAAUGCUGUUUCUGAGAAAAGGAAGAAGGGUAAGACUAUACCAUCACCAUCAGAAUCAUAGAUAAAUAAAAGAUUGAAUCUUUUUUUCAAUCUUGUGCUUGCCCAAGAGAUAAUAGAUUAUGGAUGUUUACUAGUUCAGCUUUUGUUUUAGGUAGGUUGAUAUUAAACUAUACUCAUCUACCACUUUUGUUUCUUUCUUUUUUUCCUGGUGAUUUUGGGAUCUGUGGAACUUGAUGAUCAGUUUCUAGUAGUAAUCAUGUUGCUGAUUUGUAUUGAAAUCGAAUUAUUCAACUCAGGGAACACAAUUUCGUUGUUCUGGCACAGUAUCCUUUUGAAGAUAUUAUGAUUUGUGUGCUUCUUGGCAUAUCUAUACUGUAUUUGUGUUUUACUGAGACCAAUGGUGGGACAAAAUACUAAGGAUUCCUCUGAGGAUUUCAUUAUAGUAAAAAAAGACUUUUAGUUUAGGAGUUUAACAAUGUCAGCAUUUAAAAUAAGUUAAGGGUAGAGAUUAAAAAGAGGAUCUGAGCCCUGGGAAAUUAUUGUUAUGCCUAUGUGAAGUUUUCUGAAUCUCUAUUGGUGUUUCCUG